CUUUCGCAAACAUCCGCCUCUGAACCGGAAAACGAGUCGGUCGCCAUAGAAACAGCACCCCGCCUCUUUUUGACUCCAGGAGAAAAAGAAAGAGAGAAGGGAGGAAAUAGGUCCGGGCGGAAACCGGGCCUGCCUGAGCUCAAGGUUCCGUUGUCAUGGAAGAGCGGAUUCCUCAGCAGAAGGGUGCGAGAAGCGGUGCGGCCUGCUGCUGGUGCUCCUGCGGCCUGGUGCGGCGCCUUCCCCGGGGCCUGGCCUUGGGCCCAUCGCUCUCCACUGAAAGGGGCACCGGGGUCUGGUGCGUGGGCCGCGCCCUUCAGCCGGGGGAGACGCUGCUCCUGUGGAAGAAGGAAGGGCGGGAGUCGUUUCCUUCAAGCUGCUGGAAAGACUGUUCACUUUGCAGCAGGAAAUGUACCUGGAGGAGCCUGGUGAAACAAAGUCAGGAUAAAGAUGGGGCAAAUGUGACAUUAGUAUGGAUUGGUGAGGAGCUCCAUAUCCACGUAAGCUGCCCUAUUGAUGCUGGCACUGAAUUGUUGUAUUGGCUAGAAGAGCCCAAGGCCAAUUGUGUUUGCUUGGAACCAGAGACACCAAUGACUGCAUCAGAUGGGGGACUUUUCACGGAGGGAAAAAAACUACAAGAUCCAAUCUCGGCAGCAGUGACCAAGACCACAGAUGUAGAGGCUGUGAAACAACGAGGAGAUGCUUCCCUGAAUGGAAACGUAGUAGAUUCCAUGACAGGUGCUUCUGAUGCAAGAUCCCCUAGGCUGGAAAAAACGCUGUUGGAUAAACCACUCCUUGGACUGGACAAUGGUCAAAAGAAAAGGAAUGAAAGCUUGGCCCUUCAGUGUGUGCAGAAGGAGGCCAACCCACAGAGUGAAAAGAGCCAGCCUUUUGUGAAGCUUUUCUGCCCCAUAGAAGAGGAGGCAAAGGAAGAGGUGACUGCGCCAGAUUCUCAGGCUGACAAAGUGAAUGAGACCUUAACAGAGGCAAAAUUAAGUACAGCUUAUUCACAGACAGCCCUAUGCAAUGUAGUCUGCCUUGAUACUCAUUUAACUGAGAAGCCUCGGGUGCUGAAGAGCCAGGCUUGCACUGAAGAACUCCCCGAUGCUGGUGGCAUGUUCACAUCUAAACACAAGGUAAGGAAGCAGGAGAAAAAUUCUAAACUGGAAGAACAGCUUCAUUGUGAAAUAAUUGCUUCUCCUCAACUGAAAGGGACAGGUGGUGAGCGACGGCACCAGUGCGAAGAAUGUGGUAAAGCCUUCAUGCAGCUUUGCCACCUGAAAAAACAUCGUUUUGUACACACGGAUCAUAAACCAUUUCUAUGCACGGAGUGUGGUAAGAGCUACAGCUCUGAAGAAAGCUUCAAAGCCCAUAUAUUGGGCCACCGUGGGGUGCGGCCUUUUGCCUGCCCACAAUGCCAUAAGACCUAUGGCACUAAGCGCGACCUUCAAGAACACCAAGUCCUGCACACGGGCCAGCGCCCUUUUGCCUGCCCUGACUGUGGAAAGUCCUUUGCCCGCCGACCCUCUCUUCGCAUCCAUCGUAAAACACACCAGGCCAAAGAGCCCAGUUCUUCUGCCACAACCACCUGCCAAUGUGUGAUAUGUGGACGACACCUGGCCAAUCCUGGCUCACUACGCAACCAUAUGCGACUGCACACAGGUGAGCGACCCUAUACUUGCCCCUACUGCCCCAAGUCUUUCCGCCAGCAAGGCAAUCUACGUGGACAUCUCCGCUUGCAUACCGGGGAGCGCCCUUACCGUUGCCACUUCUGUGGAGAUGCCUUCCCACAGCGCCCUGAGCUGCGUCGCCACCUGAUUUCCCACACAGGUGAGGCCCACCUCUGCACAGUAUGUGGGAAGGCACUGCGGGAUCCCCACACUUUAAGGGCUCACGAGCGGCUGCACACAGGUGAGCGGCCUUUUCGCUGCCACCUCUGUCCCAAAUCCUAUCCUCUUGCCACAAAGCUACGGCGGCAUCAGAAAACCCACCAUGGUGACAAGCCCCACCGGUGCAACAUUUGUAGUAUGGCCUAUGCCCUCCCUCAGAGCCUGCGACGGCAUCAGCUUGAGCAUAAGAGCAACCCAGGCAAGGAUCCAUCCCGAUCUGGUGGGAAAGGCUGCCGGGAGACGUCAGCUUCAGAGCAAGCCUCUGUGUUGGUCUUGCACUCAGUAGACAUGGCAGUACCAAGACACAAAGGUGAAUUCCUUGUCAACAAAGACAUCAUGGAGAUUGCGCUUUCAGAUGCUGAGGAAGAAUGCAUCGUUGUGCAGGAGCAGAGCUCCUCCGGGGACAUGUUCAUCAUUGAGGAGGGUGUUGGGUUUAGCACAGUGGCUGAGGUGAUUGAGGUUGAGGUGGGGACGUGAUUCCCAGUCUUGGCAUAGAUAACUUAAAAACAUGAUACGGAUGUUUGAAUGCAUUCAUUCUAUGCCUUUUAAGAGGCAACAUAAAUGCAGAUUGGAUUGUUUAGAAUCAUAAAAUCAUAGCAUUGGAAGAGACCACAAGGGCCAUCGAGUCAAAUCCCCUUUCAUGAAAGGAAAUAGGUAACUUUUGUGUAGCAAAGACUGACUGAUUAUGUUUGUCCAAAACUGAUUGAUUCCCAAAGACUGCAGGACUGAAUGACAGGUUCUGCCUAAUAGGUCAGGGAUCCUUCUCAGAGGUUUCAAAUUAACAUGAUGUCUGGGUCUGUCUAUAGCACAAGAUGUGGCAGAUUUUUUAAAAAACCACAUUGCACUUGUAAACCAUAUAGACUUUAAGCACCAUGUGUGUCUUAUGUUAAUUGUGUUCCUAAAUGUAAAAUUUCUGGUGUUGCAAUUCAAUCAAAAUGUGCCAUGUCGUCAAAUUAUGUACUUUAAUUGCAUAUAUUGAAACAGUGAUGUGAAAACAUGACUACAUGGUGGUGCUGAUUUGAUAGCUUCAAAGACAGCAUGUGCAUUAUGCUUUAGAUUAUGGUGACUAUGGUAAAAAAAUUAUUUUAAAAUCAACCAAUCAUUGGUAUUAGUAAGAGAUCGCUUCUUACUCUGGUUUCUUAAGUCAAAUGUUAAAAUGAAUAUUUUACCACUAAUAUCUAAUUUUUUCUGGCUCAUCUCCAGGUGAGUAAAGUUCAGGCUUUUCCUUAUCAAAUAAGUCAAAAUAGGCAGGAAAGAGCCGUAUUUAGAAGUAGCUAUUUUCCAGACAACCCCUACUUUCAAGUAUAUUUUAAAGCAGAUAUUUAAGUCCAAUAGGAGACAAAGGUUUCUUUCUUACUUCUGGUCCUAUUUAAGGUAUUAGCAUUAUUGUCAGCCAUACAUCAGUUAAUGCUAAAGAUGAGCUCAUAUUCACCAACAUGGAAAUAGUGUGUUCAACCGUUAUUAUAUAGAACACAUCUUUUGUUGGCAAGAGAAAAAUCACAUUACAGUAUUGAAUUUCAUUCAUAUGGCAUUAAAUUGAUGUCAAGGAGAAGUAUCAUUGUCUCUAUGCAGGUUGAAUAUCCCUUAUCCAGAAGUGUUUGGGACCAGAAGUGUUUGGGAUUUUGGAAUUUUUUUUCAGAUUUUGGAAUAUUUGUAUUUGCAUAUGUGUAUAUAAAUAGAUAUCUAGGCAAUGAGACCCAAGUCUAAAAAUGAAAUUAAUGUAUGUUUUAUAUGCACCUUAUGCACAUAACCCGAAGGUAAUAAUUAUACAAUGUCUUAAAUAAUCUUGUCCAUGAAAGAAAGGACUUUACUGCACGAGGUCCUGGAAGAAAUGUAAACCCAUCCUUGUUGAGAACUGGAAAAUAUCAUGUUAUCCACACUUCACAUUGCAUAUUCUUUGAUGAAAGCACUUUUAGGUUAGUGCUCCAUCUCAGCUGUAACUUCCCAACCUGUGCUUUGCCCCUCGCUGUCCAUGCCCAUUUUUGUAUCAGAAGAAUUGUACAACUCCAAAAUUUGAGUCACACUUGCAAGAAUUCAACUCUCCAAGACUUCGUUUCUGAGCAAGUUUCAGUUGUGCAGUUAAUUACUUCUGCAUUUCCCAAGUAUACACAAGCAGUAUUCUGCCUAAUGCAUAAAAUCUAUAUUUUUAAAAAUAUUCAUUUUGCAAUUCUCAGCCUUUUCCUAUUUAGUGUAUUUUGCAAACUGGAGUUGUAGCCUAAAAAUAGAAUUUAUUGAAAACAACAGCCUAACAAGAAUUUACAAACUGGUGAAGUGAUGAUGACAUGCUAUGAUGCCGUGCAAUUGGGACUGUUUCCAUUUAUUGUUAGGGAGCUUCUAAUGUGUACCUCAAUCCUGAUGUGAUAAACUCCAAAGAUUGUGUACACUGAACCAUCAGAAAGCAAAGGUGUUACUAUUUCAGCUACCCAUGUGGAUAAUUUUAGAUUUCGAAGUAUUUUGGAUUUCGAAAUAAGGGAAACUCAACCUAUGUUUUAUAAUAGAAAACUGAAGAAUGAUAAACCUAGGCUGAUCUUCCAUUUACUGGGUAUUUUGCCACAUUGAAAGCAAACUACAAACAAUUCCUCAUUAAUUUGUUUGAAAUGCAGGUUUCUUUAUGGCACAGUGGAUUUGAGUACAGUGCAAUGGUGUGUUUUUUCACAUAAGAUGACAUUGCUGUCCAGUAUAAUAGUAGAUAUGGUAAACUUGUACUUAAAAAAACACCUCUAGAGGUAUAUGUGUGCCAAAAUCCUGAGGAUGGUUGUAGCAACUGAUCAUAUAACUUUUCAUGAAGAAUAUUGGCAUAUAGUCUUAAAAGCGCAUUCCUAUAUUUAAUUUAAAGUCAAUAAAAUCAAGUUCUAUAUUACUUGCUUAAUCAAAAGAAGCAAAUCAUGACAUUCAGUCAUUGUUCCAUUGUUCAGGCAUAGAACGGUCUUUUUUCCCCCUGACACGGCCUUAUGCUUGUAGUUGUGUCAUUAUUAUACAUAAAUACCCCAUAACAAAAAGCCUUAAUACACUGACUUAUAUUUAUUGAAUGCACCUGUCUCAUUCCAUCUGGCUUGUUCUGUUGAGCUCAUGUUUUGGCUGCCCUCUAGCUAUGCUGUACUGCCAAGAUAGUUAUGUUUGUCAAAGUUAAAUUGAACUAUCUUUAGAUUGGAAAUGUUGUCACAUAUAAUUUCUGUAGGGCAUUACUAUGGAAUAUCUGAUAUUCCAUAGUAGUUCUUAUUUGUAUUUUCAAGAAAAAUGUAGUGAUAGACCCUUCAUACUUUUAAGCUGGUAAAGAUCUAAGGCCAAGAGAAUCACCCUUUCCUGCUGUGUGAAAAUGUAUGCCUGGGAAGAUCAAUGGUCCUAUAUGUCUUUAGUCCAGCAGAUUUACUAUCGCUAUGAGUUUUAAAGGCCAUUUUAAGUGUAUUUAUUGUAUUUUAAUUCUGUUUUUACCACACUGUUACUAUUUGUUUUUGUUUUUUUAAACUUUUGUAUUGCACUUUUUAUACUUGUAGGAUUGUUACCUACCUUGAGUCCUCACGAGGAGAAAGGCGGUGGGAAAAUAAAGUUAAUAAUUAUAAUAAUGA